AUGCUAUUUCCUGCUGGAACUGACCCCACUACGGUCAGACAGCUCUUACUUCAGCAUAAUUUCCUGCCGCUUGUCUCGGUACAAUCCACCCACAACGCAGAUGUGCUUUUCCAGCGACAAUGCCUCAAUGACCUGUUAUCGGUUCUCCAGGUAUUCAAGCCAUAUGGCAAUAAUGCCAGGUACUCAGUGCCAAACCAGCGGUUCAAGAUCACCAACUCCUCAUUGAUAACAAGAACAUAUAGCCUGUUUCCUGUGCGGUUUGAGCCCUCGCUUCCAGAACUAAUGAUGGUGCAUGAUGCUAGCUCGUCUCCAGAGAAGCUCAAGAGUCUAUUCAGCAUAUCCAGCUUGGAGCUACUACUCAAGAACCUGAACCAGCCAACUUCAAUAUCUGCAAGGCCGCAUGACAAGCUCUACCUUGAGCUCUUCCGCAUGGUAAUCUCUUCCAACCAGAUCGUCCUGUUUGACACAUUGAAUCACCCAGUGUCUCAAAUCUUCGUUAUUGAUUACCACACUGAUACCUUGGACACGAUCAGAAAGUUGAUUGUGGACUUCCGCAACUACAAUUUCCCAAAGUACUUUCAGAUAUCUGACCUUUUGAUUCACAUCUUUGUGGUGUACGACUCCCAGAUGGUCCUGGAGCAGGACGUCAAUGCAUACCAAACCAAGCUUCAGACGAACCUUUCCGUUUCGUCAACUGCAGUGCCACUUCUGAUGGUAGCCUCAAACGACACGGCAUAUGUGAAGAUUUCUAAGUUGGAGAGCGCCACCAUCGAGGAGGAGGUUCAAAGCGUUCAAUUGCAGCAUUCAAAGGAGUUAACAGAUAGCGACACACACCUCACGCUUCCAAAAGCCCUAGAUACAGUGCUCAAGAGCCGAUGCCAUGAAUUCAUUAACCGUCACUUGAUUCCCCACAUGGAAGCUAAGCUCCGUGUUUGGGGCGACCUGAUAUUGGCGCCUAAAAAGUCCAUUACGGGCAGAUUUUUCUCAGUGUCACGAAAACUAUUUAACAACAACAGCUCCAGUGAUCUCAAUCAGACCGAAAAGAGCCAGUUCAAUCACAAAGAGAACUAUUACCACAGGUCCAGUUCCGAACAAGCGAUAAGAAAGCUUGCCGAUUGGUCACUCAUUCUCAAAGACUUUAAGUACGCAUAUUCCACAUAUGACCUCAUCAAGAAGGACUACAUCAACGACAAGGCAUGGGUUUAUGUUGCAUCCACACAAGGAAUGUGCAUCAUUUCGCUUCUAUUGACACAGACCCAGCCGCUUGCCUCAGACACUCCACCACAAGCACCCGAUAAGAAUACCUUACGAAAAAUCCGUCAUGACAUCAUUGAGCCAUACAUUGACAAUCUUUCCUAUACAUUCAAGUCACGACUCAACGUCAAAACGUACGCCAUCAGGGCCUACUUGGUGGUUGCCGAACUACUUCUCAGCAUGGGGAUGAUGUUCAAUAUUCCCUGGUGGUUUGGUGACUUAAUAGAGAACUACUAUCUUAAGUGUAUGGGCGAGAUCGAUUCUCACCUUGCAUCAUCUGGGGAAAAUCCUCAGGUAAUAAGGGCCUUGCUUUACGAAAGACUCGGUUAUUCCUCGAGUCGUAAUCAUUUAGUUCCUGGCGAAUUUAAAUGGCUCUUAAGUGAAAAGCAUGAGACUCUCCCCAAACGUGAGGUGAAAGAGGACACACAGGAAAUAGCUGACGAAAAGGAGGACACGGAGGAGGACUUGUAUGUCAACGAGCAAAAGCUCUAUGCAAACAAGCCCAAUGCUCUUGUUGGGCUUACGCGGUUCCGUAAAAGCGCAGCAUGGUAUCUUUUGGCCAUGAGAGAGUGGCUAGAGCUCAAGGAUAAGGAGUACGUGAGGCAGCUUAUGACUAACGUUUCGGAGUGCUUUGAAGUGUCAGAAUUGACCGAAGAGUGGUACGACAGGCCAGAAAGCCUCCUUGGGGUCAUCAAACUAAAGCUGAAGUAG